AUGGCGCGUCCACCAAAGGACUCCUUGCCGGAGGAGGACGCCGGAGCAGCCUUCGUCCUCCAAUCCAAAGGUCAAUGGUGGCACGCAGGUUUUCAUUUAACCACGGCGAUUGUUGGCCCAACGAUACUCACGCUGCCGUACGCUUUCAGAGGAUUGGGGUGGGUGCUUGGGUUCGUUUGCCUCACCGUGAUGGGCGCUGUCACAUUCUACGCUUACUUCCUCAUGUCCAAGGUGCUCGAACACUGUGAGAAAUCCGGUCGCCGCCACAUCCGUUUCCGGGAGCUUGCCGCCGACGUCUUAGGUUCGGGAUGGAUGUACUAUUUUGUAAUCUUCAUCCAAACGGCAAUCAACACUGGAGUUGGCAUAGGGGCAAUCUUGCUCGCUGGGGAAUGCCUUCAGAUCAUGUACUCCAACAUUUCACCUCAUGGAUCCCUGAAAUUGUACGAGUUUAUAGCAAUGGUGACAGUGGUAAUGAUAUUUUUAUCCCAACUUCCCUCUUUCCAUUCCCUGCGACACAUCAACUUGUGUUCACUCUUCCUUGCAUUGGGCUACACCAUGCUUGUGGUCGGUGCGUGUAUUCAUGCAGGAAAAUCAGAAAAUGCCCCUCCAAGGGACUAUUCCUUAGAACCUAAGAAGUCUGCAAGGGCCUUAAGCGCCUUCACCUCUAUCUCCAUACUCGCAGCAAUAUUUGGGAAUGGCAUAUUACCCGAGAUACAAGCAACUCUAGCACCCCCUGCCACAGGGAAGAUGGUAAAAGGCCUUGCUAUGUGUUAUGCUGUGAUUUUUGUGACUUUCUACUCUGCUUCAGUUUCUGGAUAUUGGGCAUUUGGAAACAAGGCCAGCUCAAACAUUUUAAAUAGUCUGCUGCCAGAUAAUGAACCUGCCUUGGUUCCAACUUGGGUCCUUGGACUUGCUGUCAUCUUUGUUCUUCUUCAGCUCUUAGCAAUUGGCCUGGUUUAUUCUCAAGUUGCUUAUGAGAUAAUGGAGAAGAAAUCAGCAGAUGUUAAGCAGGGGAUGUUUUCCAAAAGAAAUCUUAUUCCUCGCCUUGUUCUUCGAUCAAUUUACAUGAUAUUCUGUGGGUUCAUGGCAGCCAUGUUACCAUUUUUUGGCGACAUCAACGGUGUGAUUGGUGCUAUUGGUUUCAUCCCUCUGGAUUUCAUCCUGCCUAUGCUUCUGUACAACAUGACUCACAAGCCACCAAAAUCAUCCUUAACUUAUUGGGUCAACAUGUCCAUUAUGGUGGUGUUCACGGGUGCAGGAAUCGUGGGUGCAUUCUCUUCCAUAAGGCAAUUGGUUCUUGAUGCCAACCAAUUUAAGCUAUUUAGCAGUGAUGUUAAGGAUUAAGCAUAUGUACAAGUACAUUGGUGUAUGCAAUAUAAGGUUUUUUCAAAUUUUAGAAAAUAGGGGAGAAAGCAGAUCACAGACAAAAGCACUGUCCCUGUGGCAUCAGUGUUUUACUAAGCUACUUGUGAGCUUGUAAUCUGCAAGUUCCAUAAGAGCUCGUUUGGAUACCUGCUAAAAAGUAUGGAAACGGAAAAAUAGCACAUUUCAAACAAAAAGUGUAUCACAAUGUGUUAUUUUCCUCUUUCGUACUUUUUGAUUCACAACGGGAUUUGGACUGCAUGUUGCUUCAAUCUUCUUGUAUCAAUGGAUUCUAUGUAUCAACCGGAGCUCCAUGUUGCUUCAAUCUUCUUGUA